AUGUCUUACGCUGACGCUGCUGCCUCUGGCCCUAAGCAGGCCCCCGAAGAUGCGUCACCGCGCUCCCCCGUCGGUGGAAUUUACCACGAUGAAUCUGAGAGCACGGCUUCUUUGAUCGACGUCGACGGCCCUCACGUCCAGACUGUCGAAGCCGACUUCCUCGAGCAAGACGUGCAAACCAGCACCCAGGCCGAGCGGAUAGAGCGCGAGGCCGAGGAGAAGGAGAAGCGCAAGCGCGAAGAAGCGGAGCAGAAGUCCAAGGCCCGCAAGGCGAAGGCCAGCGGUAUCAGCAACAACACUACCAACCCUGUCUUCCUCGCCAACGCCGCUAUCGCAACCCUGGUUGGCGCCGGUCUGGGCUUCGGCGCUUACAAGCAACAUGCGCGUGGCAACCUCUCCUGGGAGCUCGUUGGACUCUCCGCCGGUGCUGUUGGUGUCUUCGGUGCCGUGGACUACUAUGUUAGCAAAUGGUUCUUGCAGAACAAGUUCCCUCCCAAAUAG